AUCUGUCGAAAGCGCAACUCACCAAAAUGAUAACGCGCGUAACCGUUCCUAUAAUAUUAUUAAAGUUACUAGUUGAUUGCUUCGCGUUUUUCAAGAAAAAUAUACAAUAAGGUAACAUUUUUUUCAGUGUCCGUUGGAAUUGUUUCCAAAUAGGCAAACCAACAACAACAAAGGAGCACUUCCGGUUUCUGGAUGUAGCUGUCAAGCUCAUCACCCUUGUUUUGGACGACAAUCGCUGCAUCAGCAGCCCGUAUGUUGCUCUCAAAUAACAAAUAAGGGCAACGCAAGCCAUUAACCGCCCGCCGUUUCUCGAGAGUGAUCGGUGAAGCGGUUCCAGACGUUGUUAUUGCUAGCUAGCGGAUCGUAGUCGCGUUUUGUUUUUGUUUUUUUUUUGCUCUAGCCAGCUAGCUCUAGCUAAGCUAUGCGCUGAUGUUUGUCUCGCAAACAGCGCAGUUGACGUCUGUGUGAGCUGCUGCUUUUGACGCAAACUUUAGGAUGAGCGACGGAGAGGCGGUAUUCCAUGAGAAGCAACGCUUGGAGUUGUGCGCCAUCCACACGCUCAACAACGUGCUGCAGGAGCGGGUGUUCACCAAGGAGACGGCGGAUGACAUCUGCAAACGGCUGGCUCCUCAGUGUUUGGUGAACCCUCACAGGUCCAUGCUGGGCACCGGGAACUAUGACGUCAACGUCAUCAUGGCCGCCCUACACAGCAGGGAGCUGGCGGCCGUGUGGUGGGACAAACGCAGGGCGGUUGAGAGCAUUUGCAUCUCCAAGGUCCAGGGCUUCAUCCUGAACGUUCCUUCUCGCGUCUCGCUGGGCAUCGUGUCGCUGCCUCUGCGGCGGCGGCACUGGCUGGCCGUCCGCCAAGUCAACGGGCAGUACUACAACCUGGACUCCAAGCUGAAGAACCCCGUGUGCCUGGGUGGGGAAGCGGAACUACGCGCUUUCCUCAGCGAGCAGCUCUCUCAGGACGUGGCCGAGAUGCUCCUGGUGGUGCGGCGGGACGUGGAAGAGGACGGCUCCUGGCUGAACCCCCCCACCCCCCCUCCCCCCACCAGUAACGGAGCAAACGGUACGGCGUGAGAGAAACGGCAAAAACUAAAUCUAAAGUCUUCAGGGAGCACAAAGUGACAUGAACACGUCACCGGAGUCCAAAGAGAAGAGAAGACGGGAUGGUCGCCGCCUUGGGAGGGGUUAGGAGUCCUUUCCUGUUUCUACGCUACCUGCUAACCUUCUAUGCACCACACUUGUAUUUGCUAACACUGGCUGGACGCGUGUGCGAUGGUUGGAUUAUCACAGUCUUUGCACGUUUAAACUGAUUUCCUGGACGCGUUUCACCAGAUUAGGGCCAACUGUGAGUCACGGACGGUUUUGUUUUCAUCAAAAAAAGAGUGCAGUACUCGGCUGCAACCAACGGAGGCGCUGUCGGUGCUGGCUCAACCAGUUUGCAGCACUAGAAAUGGAAACAGGAGUUCAGAACGUUUUUUUUUUUUAAGAUAAAAUUGAAGGAAAAAUGGUUAGGACGGAAUGUGAAAGAUAAAUAGUACAUUUGAAUAUAUAAUAUUAUUGUUGUUAAUUAUUAUUAAUAUUAUGAAUAAUAUAAUAAAAAUAAAAUAAUAACAAUAGUGGAUUGGUAGAUGUUUGCACCAAAGAGAAUCUAAUCGACCCCAUGUAUAAUCACUUAGAAAUACUUCUAAAUACUUGAUAAUACAGGUCAAUACUCCACCAUUACUACUUUUUUUUUUUAAAGAUAAAAUUUAAGGAAAAAUGUUUAAGAAAUGUAGACGUUCUAUUUGUGGAACCUUGCCACGGAAUGUGAAAGAAUAAAUAGUACAUUUGAAUAUAUAAUAUUAUUGUUGUUAAUAAUUAUUAUUAAUAUUAUGAAUAAUAUAAUAAAAAUAAAAUAAUAAUAAUAGUGGAUUGGUAGAUGUUUGCACCAAAGAUAAUCUAAUCGACCCCAUGUAUAAUCACUUGUAAAUACUUCUAAAUACUUGAUAAUACAGGUCAAUACUCCACCAUUACUACUUUUUUUUUUUAAGAUAAAAUUUAAGGAAAAAUGUUUAGGAAAUGUAGACGUUCUAUUUGUGGAACCUUGCCAUGGAAUGUGAAAGAAUAAAUAAUACAUUUGCAAUAUAAUAAUAUUAUUAUUAUUAUUGUUAAUAAUAAUUAUUAAUAUGUAUAAUAAUAAUAAUAAUGGAUUGGUGGAUGUUUGCACCAAAGAGAAUCUAAUUGACCCCGAGUCUAAUCACUUCUAAAUACUAAAUACAGGUCAAUACUCCACCAUUACUACUUUUAUUGCAAAUAUUGAUCCAAAAUGAGAGGAAAAGGCCCACAUCAAGCUAGUUUGGAGAGGGCUGUACUGUACUAUGAUAUAUAUAUAUAUAUAUAUAUAUAUAUAU